CAGGGAUUAGCUAUUUAAAGUUCACUCUCUCGACGCCACAGGAGGGACAUUUCCACAGGACGCACUAGGACUGAAGCCCGCUUUAUCGAGGAGGAGGUGUAGUACUGGGGGGUGGGACGGCUGAAGUGCUCGCUAAACAGUCUACUCUGAGUUUUACCAGAGCUUUUCAUCAUGGGUGUAAGCAUGUUGCAGUGUUUUCCCUUCUACAGACAAUGUAAAGAGAGAUGCAAGAGCAAACAGUGCCCCCCAGCGUCAGCACCUGAUGAGGAGAUGAAGCCCCGCCUGGCCUCCACCACAUCCUGGGGCAGUGACAGCGAAGGAGGGGGAAGCCUUAGUCGGGGCUCCCAGGUCUACUUCUCCUCCAAAGCCAGGCUGUCUUUUCGACACCAGUUGGACAGCAACGUCAAUGCAGUGGACGCCACCUACUGAGGAGCACUCAUGGACUCCCAAAUAUUUGGAGCACUCCUCAGGACGUCCACGUGAUGAAUGUUAGCCCCACCUCUGUGGACCUUUUUCUCAAGAGACAAAAGACAUGGAGAUGAGUUUACAGUUGACAAACAAGUGCAUUAUUUCUCCUGCUUCAUUACAUUUUGUGGACUACGUAAGUGGACGUUUGGGUGACAUGGUCUGCGGGAACAGCAAAAGCCUUCUAUUUUUAAAAGAGAAAAAGCUUCUGUUACAAUUUAUGACGAUGCAAAUAGAGAUGACACAUUUCAGAUGAUGCUAAUCAUGUUUCUCACCUCUUUCUCAACCUCUCUCUAUGCUUGCAUUUAAUAGAUUUUUUUAAAACUUCAUUGGAAUGAAAAUAAGUGUGAACCAUGUGGUGAAAAAACAAAUGUUUAUUGUUUGACUAAUUUACAGCAGAUAAAGUGUCAACACUA